AUUAUCAUUAAAAAAAAAAAAGUCCUUUUUAUCUCUCCAAUAUCUACCCUUUCGUUUCACACCUUUUUUUCAUUCUCGUAAAUUUCAAUUCAAAAUUUCUCCACCAUUUUUUCCAGAUCUACACUCCUUCAGUCUUCACUCUGCAAAUGCCUCCCAUUGAUACGAGCUCCGAUAUCAGAAGAUCAUCAACUAAUCCAGCUACUCUAAGUAUGAGUGAGUAUGCGUUUGCGGAUCUCAAUAACUUGGAGCACUGUGCCAAGUAUUUGAACAAUACCCUCGUCACCUUCGGCUUCCCUGCAUCACUGGAUCUCUUUUCUAAUGACCCCGUAUCGGUAGCGAGGACUUGCAAUUGUAUACAUGCUUUGUUGCAGCAGAGACAGCGGGAUGUUGAAUUUCGGGAGUCCGCCAAUGAACAGAGGCAACGGCUCUUAUCAGACAUUUCAAGGUUGGAAGCUAAAGUGGAGAGGCUGGAAUCCCAGUUAUCUGCGAAAGAUAGAGAGAUAGCUAGUAUGACCAGAACGGAAGCGAAAGCUACAGCAGCUUUCAGAACCCAGAUCGAUAAGUUGCAGCAGGAGCGAGAUGAAUUUCAGAAGAUGGUUUUGGGUAACCAGCAAGUGAGAACUCAACAGAUUCAUGAGAUGAAGAAGAAAGAAAAAGAGUAUGUAAAGUUGCAGGAGCGUCUUAAUCAAGUAGUGAUGGAGAAAAAGAAGGAAUCUAGAUCAGGCAUGGAAAUUAUGAAUUUACUACAGAAAGAAGGCAGGCAGCGUGGGACGUGGACUGGGAAGAAGGCUGACACUGAUUUCUACAAAAAGAUUGUGGAUACUUGUGAAGCAAAAAAUCAAGAAUUGAUGGCAGAAAAUGCUGAUUUGAGGACAUUAUUACGUUCAAUGCAGGCUGAUAUGCGUGAAUUCUUGAAUGCUCCGAAUGGGAAGCAGUCUUCUCCUGUCAAUGCUAGAUCAGAUACUGACCUGUCACAGUCCCCUUUGGGUGGGAGGACGGACAUGUUUGAUCUGCCUCUUCACAUGGCCAGAGAUCAAAUUGAAGAAAGUCUUCGAACAAAAAUGAGCUCAAUAAAGGAGCGCAUGGUUCAGCUUCAAGAUGCACAAAAGGGAGCAGAGUUCACUUCUGAGGUGUCGGAGAGAGAACUUGAGCUUGAAGCUCAGCUUGUUGAGGCAAGAAGCAUUAUUCAAGAGCAGGCAUCUAUAAUGUCUAAACACAUUCCUAGAUCUGAUAGGCCAAGGAGACUAAGUGGCCAUCUAAAUUCUGAGAGGGACUCAAUACUGUGAUUACCACAAGGGACUGUUACCUCGAAAGUCCCUGUUGCUAGGCUACAUGGCACUUGGUUCGUUGAUCACGUAAUCCUAGUUGUAGUUGCUAUUGGUCAGCUUGACGCACAUUGUUGAAAAAGAUGUACACACUGAUAACUGUGCUCACGUCAAUUGUUCGGAGUAUUCAGGAGACUGGAAACUAUCAACAAAGCUGGAUCUUAGUUUCGAGUAAUAGCUCAUUGCUUCCUUAGUAAGAGUAAUGUACAUAUGUAAUUGCUCUGUGUGCUUAAAUUAUCCUAACUUUUAGACAUAGGUUCAGCUGAACAUAUCGUUUGAACAGGUUUUACCCGUUUCGGCAUUUCUAUUUGUAUUGCCUUAUGAGUUAUGACAUGUAUUUGUUGCAAAGACA